AAAAUGUGAGUAAGAAAAAAGAUCAAAGCAAGGGCUGGGAUUGUGCCACGAGAAUUGGUCGGGAAAGCAUAAUUAAGCAAGACCCUUUGCUUUAGUUAAUCAAUCAACACGUGCAGCUAGCACAUUCGACUGUUUACCUUUUUUAGUUUUUCUUUUGUCUUUUUCUAUUUUGGUACCAACACGUGCAUCUAGCACUUAUAUAUAUUCUUUCAAACUUCUUCUACUCACGCAAAGCCAUUCAUACAAGAAAAUGUCUCUCCAAAUUUUAGCAUCUCAAGCUCAAAGGCCAGAUGCCGUUACUGAUGUUAAGCGACCUUCAGCUAAUUUUACCCCAAGCAUUUGGGGUGAUCAUUUUCUCUCUUAUGCUACCACGGAAGUUGACAUUAAACUUGAGCAACAUGUCCGAGAACUGAAAGAAGAGGUGAAAAGAAUGCUAAUAGACUCCUUCAAAAACCCUUCACAACAAUUGGACUUGGUUGAUGACAUUCAACGCCUAGGCGUGUCCUAUCAUUUUGAAAAUGAGAUUGAUGAAAUUUUGAAACAAAUUCACCACAACUACUCUUAUGGUAGUGAAGAUGACCUUUACACUACUGCUCUCUGUUUUCGAUUGCUGAGACAACAAGGUUACAAUGUUUCAUGCGAUAUGUUCAACAAGUACAUGGAAGCAAAUGAUCAAAAAUUUAAGGCAUCUCUCGUGAGUGAUGUAUCAGGACUAUUAAGCUUGUAUGAAGCCGCCCAUCUUAGGAUACAGGGAGAAGACAUACUUGAAGAGGCUCUAGCUUUCACCACCACUCAUCUUGAGUCGAUCAAACACAGUUUAAGCCCUCCAAUUUCGAAACAAGUAGCUCAUUCCUUAAUUCAGCCACUUCGGAAGGGCAUCACAAGGGUGGAAGCUAGAUAUUACUUGUCAAUCUAUCAUGAACGCGAUUCACAUAAUGAGACUCUCCUGACUUUUGCAAAGUUGGAUUUCAACCUGUUGCAGCAAGUCCAUCAAAAGGAACUAUGUGAAAUUACAAGGUGGUGGAAGGACUUGGACGUGAGAAACACCUUGCCGUUUAUAAGAGAUAGGGUUACCAAAGCUUACUUCGUCUGGGUUUUGUCAGUGUACUUCGAACCUCAAUAUUCCUUUGCUAGGAGGACAUCAUGCAAAGUCACCGCCAUGACAUCUAUUAUGGAUGACAUUUAUGAUGCCUAUGGCACACUUGAAGAACUGGAGCUCUUUACUAAAGCUAUUCAAAGGUGGGACAUCUGUGCCAUAGAUCUGUUACCUGCAGAUUAUAUGAAAGUCUGUUAUAAGGCACUGUUAGAAGUCUACACUGAAAUUGAAGAAGAGCUUGCAAAGGAAAAAAAGUUGUAUCGAAUCCACUACGCCAGAGAAGCUAUGAAAAAGCAAGCUGAAAAUUACUUCCUUGAAGCUAAAUGGUUGCACCAGAAACACAUACCAGGAAUGGAUGAAUACAUGACCGUAGCUUUAGUGACCACAGGCUACCCUAUGCUAAUAACAACAUCUUUUGUUGGAAUGGGAGAUAUUGCUACACAAGACUCCUUCGAUUGGUUGGCCACUUAUCCAAAGGCUGUAAAAGCGGUUGCGGUAGUUGGCCGACUCAUGGAUGACAUAGCGGACCAUAAGUUUGAGCAAAAGAGAGGACAUGUUAUAGCCUCAGCUGUAGAGUGCUACAUGAAAGAAUAUGGUGCCACAGAAGAAGAAGCAAUAAUCGAAUUGCGUAGGAAAGUGAGUGACGCAUGGAAGGACUUAAAUGAAUCGUUCCUCCUCCCUAAUGUUGUUCCGAGGCCAUUGCUGACUCGAAUUAUUAACUUUGCAUGUGCCACGGAUGUUGUAUACAAGUACGGAAACGGUUACACUACUCUGCAUGAUACUGUGCUCAAGGAUUUUGUAAUUUCUACACUUGUCCAACCCGUGCCUGUAUAAACUUCAUAUCAUGUACGUUUCCUAUGUAUCUUAAUACAUAUGAUGGGUUGUCGUUGUUCGGUA